ACUAUGCAGUGCUUAUAUAAUAACUUUAAAUAUUCAAAUAUAAUUUUAUAUACAAAAGGACAUAUAUACAAAUAGACAGUAAAGAUAUUAUAUGUAUUAAAGCUUAACUUGCAGAUAUAGAAUUGUUUUACAACGUGACUUAGUAUGUACAUGUUUUGGCUUUAAGGUAAACCUUUACUUUUGGCAGGUGGUCAUCGUGUAGUGGUCAGUUAAUUGACAUUUAUUGCUUUGUAUUAAAUGAACUUCAAUGCUUAGCUAUGGAAGCAAAAGUAAUGACCACCGUUUAUAACAUAUUUAUAUCUUGCUUUUGGCUUUCUAAAAGUAAGUACCUGUCAAAGGUAGAAACAAACAACAUUCUUUCUAAAUUUCAAGUCACGUUGGUAGAUGUAUAAAAGGACUGUCUUUCUCAGACAGUCCAGAUUGUAACUUGAUCGGUAAUAAAGAAACGUUUACUAGUUCAGCCAUUGUUUGCCGUUGUUGUGUGUGCCUUGUCUAAUUUGUUGGGUUGCUGACUAACUUGACUUUUCGAUAGUCUAACACCUGGGAAUUGGUGCCGUGACCAGGAUAACCCUUAUAUUCAUAAUCAGUAAGAAGAUGGCUGGAAUAGAAGAUUUAGAAAGACUGGCUGAGGCCGAAAUAAUAAAAGGAAAAGUCAAUCUAAUAAUUCAUGAAUUUUCCCAUAUAGCGUAUUCCGGAUGCAAAGACACUUUGGAAGAAGAAGGAUUAAAGCCUUCAAUAAUUAAGAGAAUCUUUAAAACUUGGCAUUUCAAAGCUAGAGUAUUCCAUGAGUCAAACAUGUUAGGAGAAACGAUGAGGGACUCUUUUGAAACUUUUUUACAAAACCCUGAAAUAAAUUUGACCCCCUCUUAUAUUCGCGAUCUUGUCAAGGGUAGGGAAAAUGCCGCUAAAAGGCGUAGUGAAACAUAUUUAUCACUUUUAAAGAAUCACUGUUCAAUUCAGAAAUUAUACAAUCGUUUUGUAAGAGAUUUUCCUGUAUAUACGACAUUUGAACAGUUUAUGGCAGCAUAUUUCCCAAACUUUUGCACUGAUUUUUAAGCGACUAUUAACUUAUUUUCUUUAAAUUACAGGACGGACAUGAAGACAUUAUUUCUUGUCACCCUCCUCUUUUGUUUGGGUGAACAAGCAUUUAUUUCAGAAAAUGUAGUUUUUGACAAAAUAAAUUCAAUUACAACCACCAGAUCAAAUUGGUUAGUUACAUUUGUCACAGACUUAAAACCUUUUGAUAAUUUUAUUAAGAAACUUUCAAAUGACAUUGUUCAAACAGCUGCGCUUGCUCAAGAGAUAACGAGACGAUAUGAUAAACCGGAAAAGGAAGGAUUUAAAAAUACCUUUUCUAAUUUAAGGAAUGAAUUUCGAUUAUUAACAGAUACCCAUACUUCGAUAUUAAGAAUUUUUAAUGAUUAUAAGGCUUUACAUAGGAAUAAACGUAGUGUUUUACCAAUUAUCGGUAAAGCCAUGCAUUUUUUUUGUUUGGAACUUUAACGGACUCAGAUGUUAGUGCAAUAAAAGGUAACAUAAGAGUCCUUGCAGAUAAUCAAAAUAAACUUUCUCAUGUUUUAUCAGAAAAUCUUUCAAUUUUAAAUGUAACAAGGAUUGAGGUUUCCGAAAAUAGGCAUGCAAUUAAUUCAUUAAUAGGGGACUUACGUGAAAUAGAUUCGAAACUCGAAAAUGUAACAGAAGAAUUUGAAAAACAAAUUAUUGAUCUAGAAAAUUAUAUACAAAAGUAUGUUCAACUCGAUUUAAUAACAGGUGAAUUAAAAUUAUUAAUGCAGAAAGCAAUGUUUUAUUUAGAACAUUUAGGUUCACAAUUAAAUAUGUUAUCAUUGGGUCAUCUAUCACCUAGUACUAUUACUCCAACAAAUUUAAAACGACUUCUAAAUGAAAUUAAAAACAAAUUACCUAGAUACUUAGAGUUAUCAGAGGAUCCUAAUUCAAAUUUGUGGUUCUUUUAUAGAUUGUUGACUUGCACUACUGUACUUUACGAUGAUAAAAUAUUAGCCAUUAUAUCACUUCCGCUUCUCGAUUCAAACAAUCGGUUCGAGGUUUAUAAAGCAUAUAAUCUCCCUAUGCCUAUGAAAAACAACAGUACAAAAUUAUUAACAAUGGUAGCGAAAUUUGAUAUAAAUGUUGAAUAUUUUGCAGUCAAUGCUGAGCGGUCAAAAUACGUAUUACUAAAUAAUGACGAAAUUAAUAAAUGUACAGAUCGUUUUACAAAAUUUUGUAAAAUAGUAAGUCCUGUUUACCCUAUAAAUCUAAGUAAGAAUUGUGCGAUUUCACUAUUUAUGAAGAAAGAAAAUGACAUUGAUAAGUUUUGUAAGGUUUUAGUAGAACCGAGUUCAAUCUUGCCCAUGGCAAACUAUAUUUCGUCAGGAUCAUGGUUAGUGACGACAAAUAGACCACUUGAUUUUGCAAUUGCUUGUCAAAAUUCUAAAUAUAAAACGACCUUGACAAAAAGGAUUUUCCCUCCAAUAAAUAUUCUGACGCUUAAUGAGACAUGUACAGCGACGAAUGACUUUAUGACAUUAUUACCUUUUUAUAACCAACAAAGUAAAUUUACCUCAACGGAUGAUUCUUUUAUAAGGAUAAUAAAUAAUUAUGAAUUGACAUCCAAAAAGCUAUGGGAACCUUUUCACCAGUCUUUUCCAAAAUUUAACUUAACAAAGUUACCUAAAGAGUUAGAUCAAAUAAAAGAGAUACCAAUGGAUGAUUUAAUUAGCCAAUUAAAAAGUUUGGGUCAAAUAACUGAGGAUAUUGAAUUACCAAAUUGGGUAUAUACUUUAAUAUAUUUAUUUGGGGCUCUUUUGGUUGGAAUAGCUAUGUUUCUUAUAUGUAAAUAUAGACGCAAGGUUAGGUUCUGCUUAUCUUGUUCAGCCAGGAGAGGGGGUGGCGAAAAAGUGAUGAAUUUCGCUGCCAAAUAUGAUAAAGUGGGGCAUCUGGUGUCGGCAAAGACCGAGGGUGAAGUUACCACCAACAGAGAUGUAGCCUCUGCACCAAUGCUGGUCAACCACAAGGAAGAUACACAAAAUAACAUUUAUCCAGUGCUGAAAUUACCGAUUAUUGACAAUUAACAAACAAAAAUCUAUACGAUCAUAUCUAACAUGGAAAUUAAUCAAAGCGGACACUGAGAAGUACUAUAUUGUAAAUAAUUGUGUAAAUAAACUAUAACAUGUAUUUAGUCAUUGAAGGAAGAAAGCAGACAACCGAAUAGUAGUGACCUGAAGGGAUUUAUGAUACCUUGAUAUAUAAUCUAUAUAUAUACAUAUUGGACGUUUAAUCAACUAUAUCAUGAACUGUGUAUUUACAGACGUAUGUAGACAAUUUUAUUACCAUUUUAUGGUACAAGGAAAUAACAAUGAACUCUUCGUGACACUGAUUUAAGGACAAGACUUUUAUGUGUCUAGUCAGUUAUAUAGUAGACCAUAGUUGUUGUAAUUAUUGGACAACAUCAGAACAAAUUGGAACAUUUUUAAUAACCGUUUACUUCAGUUGAAUUCUGUAACAAUACAAUGUGAAAUUAGUUCGAAGGAUGAACCCUAAAAUGUGACUUUUAUAAUGGAGCAGCAGUAUUGACUAUUUAAGUUAUAUUUAGCGACUUUUAGUGAAAUAUCGAACUAUAUUUCCAGUACAUUGGGAGGAAUGUAACACUAUGCAGUGCUUAUAUAAUAACUUUAAAUAUUCAAAUAUAAUUUUAUAUACAAAAGGACAUAUAUACAAAUAGACAGUAAAGAUAUUAUAUGUAUUAAAGCUUAACUUGCAGAUAUAGAAUUGUUUUACAACGUGACUUAGUAUGUACAUGUUUUGGCUUUAAGGUAAACCUUUACUUUUGGCAGGUGGUCAUCGUGUAGUGGUCAGUUAAUUGACAUUUAUUGCUUUGUAUUAAAUGAACUUCAAUGCUUAGCUAUGGAAGCAAAAGUAAUGACCACCGUUUAUAACAUAUUUAUAUCUUGCUUUUGGCUUUCUAAAAGUAAGUACCUGUCAAAGGUAGAAACAAACAACAUUCUUUCUAAAUUUCAAGUCACGUUGGUAGAUGUAUAAAAGGACUGUCUUUCUCAGACAGUCCAGAUUGUAACUUGAUCGGUAAUAAAGAAACGUUUACUAGUUCAGCCAUUGUUUGCCGUUGUUGUGUGUGCCUUGUCUAAUUUGUUGGGUUGCUGACUAACUUGACUUUUCGAUAGU